UUAACAUAUCUUUUUAGUAUAAUUUGCUAAAAAUAAAAUAAAGAUUUAAUUAAUUUAAAUUGACAAUUUUUAUGAAUGGGAAAGUGAAUAAAAUGAAGCUUGAGAUUGGUGUGCAGGUUGAUAUUCAACGUUCAGAUGGGCGUAUUCAUUCAGCUAGUGUUAGUGGAGUUGAUAUUGAUGCACAAAAUGUUACUGUAGAGUGGUUUGAAUAUGGAGAAACCAAAGGCAAAGAGGUAAAUUUGGAUCAAAUUUAUGCAUUGAAUCCUCAAUACCAAGAUGCUCAACCUAUUCAAGCAAAACUAAGUCAACGGAAUCGUGUUGUUAAUAAGCGACAAUCUUUGCCACAACAUGCUGCUAUUAAUGACAAUGAACCAACACCUUUUACAACGCCAGCUAUAAAACCAGCAAGAAACAUAAGAUCAAAAUCUAUGGCUCCACCACCAGCAGCUAUGGCUCCACCAGCACCAAAAAUCUCACAAAAUGGAUUUAGUCAACAGCAGGCAAUCAAUGAAGAAACAGAAGAUAUAAAUAUAGCUUCUAGCGAAAGAGAAAAUCAGAAAUCUUUAAUGAACGCUGCAAAAAACCGACGCUCUAACUGUGUUAAAGAAGUAGAAAGAUUAAAAAAGAAUAGAGAAGAUAGGAGAGCCAGACAAUCUGAAGUCAGAAAUGAACAAGAGAAAGUUAAAAUGGAGCUUGAUCCUGGCAAUCCGAAUUGGUUGUUCUUAAAAAUGAUACGUGAAUACCAAGCAACGUUGGGAGAACUAAGUCAGAUUAGUAUGUCAGACAAUAUUGUUGAUCAUCAAAUCUGUGUCUGUGUUCGCAAAAGACCAUUGAAUAAAAAAGAAAUUGCAAGAAAAGAAAUUGACAUAGUUACCUGUCCUAAUAAAGAGACUACUGUUGUACAUGAAUGCAAACUCAAAGUUGAUCUUACAAAAUACUUGGAUAACCACAGUUUUCGUUUCGAUUAUGCAUUUGAUGAAUCUGCUACCAAUGAAUUAGUAUACCGCUAUACUGCAAAGCCAUUAGUUGAUGCUAUAUUUCAACAGGGAAUGGCAACUUGUUUUGCAUAUGGACAGACUGGAAGUGGAAAAACACAUACUAUGGGUGGAGACUUUACUCAAGGAAAACACCAAGACUGUAGUACUGGAAUUUAUGCUUUAGCUGCUGCUGACAUCUUUAAAUUGCAAAAAAGCAAAUAUAAAAAUCUUGAUGUUGCUGUUUCUGCAAGCUUCUUUGAAAUUUAUAGUGGAAAGGUGUUUGAUUUGUUAAAUAAAAGAAAGAAAUUGCGAGUUCUUGAAGAUGGUAAAGCUCAAGUUCAGGUUGUCAACUUGCAAGAAAUUGUUGUUAAUAAUGUGCAAGAGGUACUAAAGCUUCUUGAGCAGGGCAUGAAAACAAGAACAUCUGGAACCACAUCUGCCAAUCAAAAUUCAUCUCGGUCUCAUGCUAUCUUUCAAAUUAUCUUACGAAAAAGAGGUCAUGGGAAAGAUGGAGCUUUAUUUGGAAAAUUCUCAUUAAUCGAUCUUGCAGGUAAUGAGAGGGGCGCUGACACAAUUAGUUCUGAUCGACAAACACGUCUUGAGGGUGCUGAAAUAAACAAAAGUUUGCUUGCUCUUAAGGAAUGCAUUAGAGCGCUUGGAAGAAAAGGGGCACAUCUUCCUUUUCGAGCAAGUAAAUUAACUCAGGUUCUUCGUGAUUCAUUUAUUGGUGAAAAUGCUAAAACAUGCAUGAUAGCAAUGAUUUCACCUGGUUUAAGCUGCACUGAACACACUCUAAAUACUCUUCGUUAUGCAGAUAGGGCAAAAGAACUGGGUCCUGAUGACCAAAAUUAUAAAAAAAAAGUUGUUGAUUUGGAUUAUGAAAGUGAAGAAGAAUCUCAACUUUCUAAUUCUCAGUCAAAGUAUCGCAACUCAGAGCUUGCCAUGCUAUGCACUAAAUCAGACUCGGCUGAAAAUGGAGGUGAUUAUUUAUACAACUUUCAUGAAGCUGUUUCAUUGCUAAUGGAAACAGAAGAACAAAUGAUUGAUGAACAUCGUACCAGUAUGGAGGAAAACUAUAAUUUAUUAGAAGAAGAAAAAAAACUUUUGGAAAGAAUCGAAAAUGAUGUAGAUUGUGACUUAGAAGAAUAUGUACAUCGGUUGGAUAUGAUUUUAACAGAAAAAAUUGAAAAGUUUUCAGCUCUUCGGGUAAAAGUUUCUCAAUUCAAAGAACAGUUAUUUGAAGAGGAAAAAGCAAGUAAAAAUGUUCGUCGGCUGCCGUUUGUGUAAAAUUUAUUGUAACUCAUAUUUAUUUGUAAAAAGAAACGCUUCACUUGUAAACUAGAGCAAA